AUGUUCCACGCGCGCUGCCAGUCCUCUGAGCUCCUUCUGGGGAUUCAGAGCUACUCCCUCGAUGAGGGGAAAAGGAGAGGAAAAAGAAAAACCGAAGAGGUCGCAGGAGGAGAAGAACCAUCUGGGGGGACAGAACGGGGGGACCGUCAAAGCAAGUACAGCUCAAUUGCCAGCAGAUUUGAAAAAGUAAAACGCUUGAACCACCCCAAUGUGUGCAGCUAUUUCAGUUUAUCUCGAAGGGGAGGUGACUUUGUGUUAGUCUCAGAAUGGUACUCCCUAUCUCUGCACGAUUUGCUGCGCGAGGAGGAAAGGGGCCUCGUCCGUUUUAAGUUCCUCAGGGGGGUGCAAGGAGGAGGAGCGGGCGGAGGAGUUAGAGGAAGAGGAAGAGCUAAAAGAGAAAGACCGACGGACCGCGCGAGCCUUCCCCGGGAGGGGAGCACCCCCAGGAGGAAGCUCAUCGAUGCGCACACCACGAAGGAGAUAAUAAGGCAAAUCCUUUCCGCGGUUCACUACUUGCACUCUAAAGAAGUGAAGCUCCUAAAUUUGACGCUCAAGGAUGUGCUCGUCACCCCCAAGGGACGAAUCAAACUUCACAACUACUGUGCGUCUUACCUGUUUGGUGGCUACUGCUGCGCUCCUCGUGAUCGGUGUGGCCAUUUUUUUAGGAGCACGUUGGGGCGGGUCCCCCCCCAGGAAGAGGCCUCCCCCCAUGUGGAGGGUGGAAGCGGCGCGAGUGGCAAAAGGAAGGGCUCAUCCAACUACGACGUUUGCAAACAUGUGGAUCUCUUCAGCGUGGGGAUAAUCAUCCUGCAGAUGGUGAACGGCAUAUUCGGCUUUGACUUCCUCGUGAGGAAUUGCCAACCCCUUUGUGACGAGCCCGUUAGGGGGGAGAACCCCCUCUUGAAUGAACUUCACGAAAUUGUGGGGACCCUUCAGCGGAUGGGCCAAGAGAGUGAGGAAGAUGCGGGGCAGCCAAGUGGCACACACACACACGGUGAUGCGAAUUCACUUUACAUUGACACACCAGCGGAAGGGGAAGGCCCGCUGGAAAAGGUGAAGACCAUUUUUGUGUGCCUCCUCUACACCAAGGCGUAUCUCCUUUUCGCGGAUGUGGGCGCCGAGCGGGAGGUCAGCCUGCUGGAUGUGAAUGUGUAUUCCCUCUUUCGCGCACUUGGGGGGGAGCAGCGCCGCAAGGGGGGUGGAAGGGAGGACUCGUCGAAGAAUAACCGCCCGGAGAACCGCUCGAAGAACCGCUCGAAGAAGGGCUAUGCACACGCCAACCUGCUGGCCCACCGGGUGGCGAAGAGCCUCAUCGAGCUGCUGCUCAACGUCAGCGUCAGCGGCCGCUUCGUCAAAUGGGUGGAGAGGAUCCUCUCCGAGUUUUUCACUCUACAUGUGUUGGAGCAAAACGUGCAGGAGAUAAUGCACCCGGGGGAUGCCCAUAACGAGAAGGUCCUUUUUUUUAACCUUCUUCAUAAGUGUUUGUCUUUACGAGGAGGUGAGCAGCAUGGUUCCUCUUCUCUCCUCUCCCACCCGUAUUUCUACCCCCGGGGGGGCGCACCCAGUUGGCCCCGAAACGAGGACAUCCUGAUGAAGCAGUGGGGAGGAGAGCAGCCACAAGGGGGGGGGACUCCCCGACAGGGAGAAGCAGCAUCAACGUGUUUUUCCCAUUGGAAGAAAGAACAAACCUGCGAAGCGACCCAUUGCAACCAAUACGUAGUGGAGUACAUCCGAAGCAAUACCUGGGAGGACCAACUGCAGAGCAAACAUUUCAUGAUGACGAAGGAUAUUCACCUCUGGUUUGGUGUGCUCUACCGAAUGAACUACUUCGAAGAGCUGCUCCUCCAUAGCGGGGUGAACAAGGCGUGCAGCAUCUUGAGGUUGCCUUACCUAGCCUAUAAAAAGAAGAAACAAUUUUUCGAUUUUUUCUUUUUCCGCUUUUAUGAGCUCCUUCUGUUGGGCAGAUACCAGGGGGUGCUGAGCGUGUACUUUCAUUUGACAAAAGGGGAUGCAACUGUAGGGACUUCACACCGGUUUGGUAACUUCCGACGUACUUAUAGACGGGGGAUAUGCCGUGCGGACUCACCCAACGGGGGUACGUGCACCAAUGGGUAUGCCUUCUUUGUGAAAGGGAGAAAACGACCCCUCAUGGGGAGGAGGAACAACCUCCGUGGGAUCUCUCACCGGGGUGGCAUUUUCACGAGGGAUAAAACUUUAGAGAGGAAGUGGGUACAGACGAAUGGGUACCCUUCCGGGGGGGGGACGAUCGCCAAAGGGGAGAAGCCUUAUGGAGAGUUUACCUCAACACACGAGGAAGGUAGCGCCCAUUCUUUCUUUUUUAACAUUCCGAUGGAGGCAAAAUAUGCAUCCCUGCCGCUGCGCGAGUGCGGGGAGAAGAGAGUGCUGGGGGUGAGGCUGGUCGAGUUUUACGACGCGCUGGAGGAUGCCCACAGGUUAGUCGAAUCGAAGGAGCAGAGUGGUGGCAACAACUACCCCGUCGGAAACGUAACCUGCGUGUAUGAGAAGGAGCACUCCUUCCUGCACCAGUAUAGCCUCCACCUAAAAUUGCAAAAAUUGCUAACAUUGGACCCGCUCAACAGAGACGAAUUGGAGAAAGAGGUGAGGAGGGGAUUCCCAGGCCACAUGCGGGGGGUAGCCUACCUCACGCUGCUUGGGUAUAGGUACUUCUUACUGGUGAGACAAGCACCGGGGAAGAAACAUAAAAUGAGGCGAUUAAUUUGUGAGGCUUCAUCAAACGGAGGAGCAACCUCGUCGGUUAAGCGGUUAGGGGAAAACCCACUGGACAGCUUCACCAGGGAGGAGCGGUCAGCCAACUUCCCAUCAAAUUGGGGAUCCAAAUGGCAGAUUCAUCACUCGAGUGGAAACACAGAGGGGAGCACUGGUAGACGUGGCGAAGGGGAAGAUGCUAAAGAGGGGACUCUCUAUAAGCACCCCAUCAGUACAGCUAAACAGCCUAUGGAAUCGUUUCUUCGAAAAAGGAGACGAUAUAACGACCUGGUGGGAAGCCCCCAAUUUGCGAAGAAAAUGCGCACAAUUGAGCUACUGCUUUACAUCAAAUUGGGGGUAAGCAACAAGCACCUCAGGAGUUUGCUCCUCCCGUUAUGUCUGCUCUACUACGACAGUACGUACCUGUGCUACAAGUGUAGCAAAGGGGUGGUUCAGAAAUAUUUGAUGGGCCUACUUUCAAGUGAGAGGAACUGGAGGGAAUUCGCCUACACGUUUAAUUGCCUGCUAAGUUAUUACGCUCCCGAAUUGACUCUACUCUUUUUUAAAAACGGCAUCCACGUCGAGAGGUUGGUCUACAGUUGGGUGUGCUCCCUAUUUGCCAACUUCUUCAAUGCGCAAAGUUUUUUUUGGCUACUUGAUAGGAUUCUUACGCAGCCGAGGUGCUACCUCUUUUUUGUCUGCGUCAGCAUUUUGAUUUCGCUGAAAAGGCACAUCGUUAUGAACAUGUGCAGGGAAAAUUUUUACAAACAUAUAUUUUCGCUAGCUCCCUUGGUGAACCUGAAUUUCGUUUUGAAGACCUCCAUGGAUAUGUUUAGCAGCUGCCCCAUGACGCAGGUGGGGUUUCCUCGGGUAGGUAGCGGCCUUGGGGAAGAGACAAACACCCCGCGGGGGGUGGAGAAGAAUCUUAACGGGGAUGCGAACCUGCUGGGAAGUGAGCGGGCCCAUAUUAACUACCUGCCGUAUCUCAUCGGGGACGCCAACUGGGUGCGCUACUACGUGCAUAGGGACACCUUUAGGGUGUACCGGAAGAGGGGCGGGGGAAGCGGCUCGGCCAGCAGGACAACUGUUAAGUCGUCAAAGGGGGCAGGUGAAGCGGAAAAGUUGCGGCUUAAAAAGUUAGAGAGUGAGAAAUUAAAGCUUAAAAAGUUGCAUCUUAAAAAGUUGCCACUUGAAAAGGUGCCGCUUCAAAAGUUGCAGCUUGAAAAACUAGAACUGAAAAAAAUAAAACGCAAAAAACUAAACGAUGACGACUCGGGGGGGAGUGGCCACUUUGCCAACUUGCCCGCACCCGCGCAGGAAGAUCAAAGAGCAGACGCACAAUGGGGAAAGGCAAAAACGCGACGAGCUGCGCGUCACUGCGAAUUAUUUUUACGCAAUUACAAGAUAAACAAAAAAAAAAAAAACUUAAGUGAGUUCUCCCACUACGAAACGGACGAAACGGACGUCGUGACAAAUGGCAAAAGUGGAGAUAAACAGAUGGGGAAAAAUAAAAAUGUUGGCGGCGGAGCCAAAUGCGCGUACUACAAGUUAACAAAUAAAAACGUUAAAAAGAAAUUCAAACGGGAAGAUCUUGUUCGGCUGUGCAACUUUCCCAUGUUUCCAUUUGUUUACGUCACAGACUUGGCGAACGAAGUAUCUCUGGACAAUUACCUCAUUGUUGAUAUGAGAUCCCCGGAGGAGUUUAAAAAAAAAAGACUAAAACAUUCUGUGCACGUUAACGCCUUUUUAAUUAACUUUAAAAAAGGAGUUUAUGUCAACUACACAGAUGGUAGUUACGACGUGGACACCCACUUGAAGACGAUUAUCCUCGCGUUUGGCAGCUCCGUAUUAGACUUUGAUGCCAUUUACAAUUUUUUGAACUUAAAAAUUAAGCGUAUCACCAUUCUCUGGGGGGGUUUGCACUGCGCCUUCAGUGGCCUUCCAGCGAGUUGUUUCACAUAGGGGCAGCGCAGGGGUAUAGCGUUAGCGCUGUGCAUAGUGUUAGCGCUGGACGACUUGGGAUCGGCCCCCCACGCCCUACAGAGCUAAGUGGCGCGUUUGAUUGCCUUUAUGGAAAAAUUUGCCCAGCUAGCUUUUUUAAGCGGCGUGUUUGCAUAUUUUUUUUUUUUUCUUGUUUUUUAUGCUCUUGUGGGGAAGUUUUACCUGACCCAGCUAGCUAUUUUAAGCGGCGUGUUUGCAUAUAUUUUUUUUUU